AUGCAGCGCAGAACAGAGGUCGUCUUCAGCAGCGACGUCGCCAACAUGGACGACUGGGCAACCCGCGCAAACAUCCCCCUAACCACAGCAGAUGCUCUCGGUGCGACAUAUGCCAGAGCACACCGCUGGUUCAACUCGCUAAAGUCCCAGCUCGUCCGCGAACACAAUUGGACAGAGGCUCCCGCCGACCCCCGUAUGCUCUUCUCCCUCGAGACUUCCUCAAUAUGGCGCUCUUCCGUAGGCCUACCUGCAGGCCCAAAGCUCAAACUCUGUCUCCCCGUGCACGCCAGCUCUUUCUUUUCUCCAGAGCGCAGAGUGCAGUGGGAAAUGGUCUUCCACAGCGACACUUUUGAAUCAGUACGCAAAAUAUGCCCACCCAUUACCGACCUCCUCCAUCUCAUCCAAUGUCUGCUGACCGGUUUGGUCACAAUCGUCCUCGAGGAGCGUCUACCAGACGGUGUAUAUCGAACAAUUCGCGGCCUUCCCCCAGUAUCAUGGAUAAACGCCAACGAGGCGGCCCUCAUCGAAGUAUUCGGCGUCGCCCACUUCAAGGCACUGCGCAAGGCAUGCAACGACACCAAAGCUGCAUUCAAGCUCCAGGUCGUGUCACGGUCAUGA